UUUACCUUUUGCCUUAUCAUGAAAUGAGAAACGAAUGAUUCACAAAAGCCCGAACGCCACAGCUUGUUAAUAAGUGCAGCCGCUCUUUCUGUAUUCUCUCUCUCUCUCUCUCUCUCUAAUCAAUUAUCGUUUUGAUAUACAGAAAAACACUUUACCUUCUUCACUCAUUUGGUUUCUUUCUCGUUUCUUGGAGUUGCAAAAUCACAGGAAAGAAGAAAAGGAAGGAAAAAGAAAACUAUGGCAUCAGAUGAAAGUAUGACGGUUGUUUCUUCUAUGCAUGAAGAUGAGUAUGAUGAUAUUGAUGUUGGGUUUGAUCAUGAUCAUGACCAACAGGCUCAUCCACAUAACUUGUCCAGGCUUUCCAUGUGCACUAGUUCCAUGUACACCAACGAGGAUGAUGAUGAUGAUGAUGAUGAUCAUAUGGGGAUGUACAUGUCGAGAUUGUCAAUUGAGAGCUUUGAUGCGGAUGUUGAUGAAGAGUUCUCUGAUGAAAAAGAAGGCAAAGAACUGCUCGAACUGUCAUCCGACUCUGACAAAGAACCUAGUUGUUACUCUCUUCCCGCCACGCCUCCUCGUCGGAGGAAUAGAACUGGCGUGUUGUCACAGCAGCUGAUGGGAGCGGUCAAAGAUUAUGCAAGUGAAAAUGAAGCUCAAAGGGGUAGUUUUGGAAGGCCAAAGGGGAGCAAGAAUUUGAGGAAGAGGAGGAUUAUAAGGGAAAGAUGGGGAGAUAAGGAGAGUAAAUGUAGCAGCAAAAAGAAAGAUGGGGAUUUUAUGUUUGGGGGUUACAGCAAUUACAGUGGAAGUUUUAGUGGGGAGAGUGAGGGGGGUAGUGCGGGUUUGGUGGUGAUUACCAGGCCAAAAGGAGGAAGGAGAUCGUUGUGUAUGGACUUGGAGGAAGUGAAGGCGUGUCGGGAUUUGGGGUUCGAGUUGGAACAUGAGCGGAUGUUGGAGAUGCCCUGUCGUGUUUCGCUGUCAGGCUCCACACUUGAUACUAGUAGCGGUGGCAAUUCUCCCAUCGCCAACUGGCGUAUCUCUAGCCCUGGUGAUGACCCAAGAGAGGUCAAGGCUCGGCUCAAGGUGUGGGCGCAAGCAGUGGCACUUGCAUCAACAUCUAGGCAUUGCAGCUGACAAGCUACUCUCAACUAUCAUCUACUGUUUUUGGUUUUCCAGUUUUUCUGUUUCUUUUUUUCUCCUUCGAAAUCCUUUGGUGGGAUGGGUUUGAUACUUUUCUUCAUCUUGCUUCCUGGCAAAGAAGCUUUUUUCCAGAGGUUUCAUCGACCUUCUAAUCCUUUGCUGUUGGCAUUUAAGAGCUUCCAGGCACCUUUUUUGAUUACUCAUGUACAGCUUUCCGCUUGUAAAUAUAACACGGGUGGAAUAUGGAGCCAGAUUAUAGGCUUAUUAUUUCCGAGGCUAAGCAUAUUUCCAGUUCUUUGCUCA